AUGUUCUUCAACUGCAAGAAACAGCAUAUCACCGCUUCAAUCACCAUUUCCAUACUUUUCGAUUAUCCGCGAAAAUUCGCCAAGAUGCCCACGAGAAUGCCGGCCACUGAAAGUGUCUGGCAUCGACGUCAAUUCUCAUUAUUCGCACUAUUUUUUCAAAUGAUAUUCCUGGUAUUAUUUUCGCUAUUCUGUCGCUAUAUUGAUCCAUUAGACGAUAGUAAAAGGAUCUACAGUGGAACGGAUUAUCCAUUGUUCCAGGACGUACAUUUGAUGAUUUUUGUUGGAUUCGGAUUUUUGAUGGCGUUUUUAAAGAGAUAUGGUUUCUCUGCCGUCUCCGUAAAUCUCCUACUAUCCGCUUUUGUUAUCCAAUGGGCAAUGCUACUACGUGGAUUCCUCUCCAAACAAUUUCAUGACACUGGAACUUUUACGCUGGGGGUUCCAGAGAUGAUGUCUGCCGACGCUUCAUGUGCUGUUGUUCUCAUCACUAUGGGUGUGUUGUUGGGUCGAUUGACGCCGGUUCAAUUCCUGUUGCUCGCGUUUUUUGAGACCAGCAUCUCAGUGCUCGUCGAUCAUAUUGUCGUCAAUAUUUUGCACGUGAAUGACGGAGGUCGAUCGCUGGUUGUUCACGCUUUUGGUGCAUAUUUCGGAUUAGCAGCAGCACUCGUCGGGAAGAAGAAGAAUGUGAUGGAAAUGGACGAGCAAGGAUCCAUCCACCACUCGGAUCUUUUUUCAAUGAUCGGGACGUUGCUACUCUGGGUGUUUUUUCCUUCAUUCAACGCUGCAGUUCAAGAACCAGAGGAUGCUCGUCAUCGAGCCAUCAUGAACACUUACCUUGCAAUGGCAAGCGGAACAGUCACAACGUUCAUCGUUAGUUCUUUCGUGGAUAAUUUAGGACGAUUCAAUAUGAUCCACAUCCAGAGUUCAACUCUUUCCGGUGGAGUUGCGAUUGGAUCUGCAGCGAACGCUGUGCUCUAUCCUUCGCAUGCUGUGGCCGUCGGGAUUUGUGCCAGUUUCAUUUCAGUGAUUGGGCACGCGUGGCUAAGUCCCAAACUGGAGAAACGGUUCAAACUUUUUGAUACAUGUGGAGUGCAUAACCUUCAUGGUAUUCCUGGAAUACUGGCUGGAAUUUUCAGCAUAAUUUUCGCGCUAGGAUAUGAGCCGGAAAGCUAUGGAAAGACCCUUUAUCACAUUUAUCCGUACUUCGAGGGUGGUCCUAUGAAAGGAGAUCGGAAUCGAGAGACGCAGGCACUGUAUCAGUUGGCCGGAAUGGGCACCGCUUUGGUGAUGGCAAUUUUUGGUGGAUUACUAACAGGACUAAUACUUCAAAUCCGGAUUCUCAAUCAAAUUGAUGAUCCAGAUACAGCACAUCAUGACAUUAACUAUUAUGCUCAAUCUGAAUUUAAUUUCCUCAGCAAGUAUCAACGAGCAAGAGAGCAAGAAAUGUUGGAACGGGAACGACUGCAUGAAAUCUACUAG